UAGAGCCCACCAGAAUGUGAAUGUGUUUAUCAAAAGGGCCCGGAAGAUAGUCACAUUUUCCUAGAUAGUCGGAAUUUUCCCUUUCCACCAACGGAUCUGCCCCCAGCCUGAAGAUCCUCGGCUCAGAUAUUUAAUGAGAUGCUUUUCUGCCCAAAUUGCAGCAGCAUAUUGAUCGUCGAAGAAUAUUUGGGGCAUCUCAGGUACAAGUGCAGGUCCUGCCCUUAUAUUUUCAACAUCUCGAAGAGAAAUUCGGAAAGGAUUUAUCCAAAAUUAAAAGAAAUAGAUGACGUUCUUGGUGGUUCCGCUGCCUGGGAAAACGUUGAUGCCACUGAUGAAAGGUGCCCAGUCUGCAGCCAUCCUCGGGCUUACUUCAUGCAGAUUCAGACGAGGUCUGCUGAUGAGCCAAUGACCACUUUCUACAAGUGCUGCAACGCUUCUUGCGGACAUCGCUGGAGAGAGUAAAAUUGAGUUUUUAAUGAGAUUCCCUCAAUUUUUAAAUAAUGUGAAAGGCCUGAAGACAGCAAGAAACUCCAACCUUCAAGAGAGAAAUUGUAUGGCGAGAUUAAUACAAAUCGGCAGUGAUAAAUCCGUUGAUACCGCUGUCGAUUUGUUACAAAAGGGGCGUCUUAUUGCGAUACCGACUGACACUAUAUACGGCAUCGCUGCUGACUCUCAAAAUCCUGAAGCUGUGAGAGCUCUUUACGAUCUCAAAGGAAGAGACCUUUCAAAGCCGAUUGCGGUGUGUGUGGGUUCAGUUGGUGAUAUUGAAAACUGGGCUGAAAUUAAUAGACUCCCACCAGGACUUUUAACAGAUUUGCUCCCAGGACCUGUUACAGUACUCUUAAAAAGGACUUUAGUUUUGAAC